AGAAGUUUAUAUGUAUAUAUAUGAUAGACUUCAAUGUGAAAAAUAAUUACAAAAUAGCUAGUUUCGUGCGAAACUUUUGUUUUAUAAACUUGACUAUAAAUACUCUCUCUAUUUGCAUCUUUCUGUACUCUAAAAUGGUCUCAAAGUCAAAUAUUUUAAGUUCGUCUUUUGAAGAAGAAGAAAAAGCACAACAUCAUCAUGUAGAGCAUACCCCAUAUGUCAAAUCAGAAGCAGAAAAGCGUUUUGUUCGAAAGCUGAAUAUUCGAUUGCUUCCUUUGGCCAUGUUUAUUAUUUUUCUUCAAUUUGUGGAUAAAGCUGCUUUGAGUGUAGCUGCUGUGUUAGGCAUUAUUCAAGACACAGGCAUGUCAUUGACUCAGUACAGUUGGCUUGGUGCAUUAUUCUACCUUGGUUACUUUGUAUUUCAACUACCCAACAAUUAUUUCCUUCAACGAUUCCCAGUAGGAAGAUACCUUGGGACCUUAUUGAUAUGUUGGGGUGCUGUCACAAUUGGCACUGCAUUUGGCAAGAACUUUACACAACUUGCUGUACUACGUGUAUUUCUCGGUAUCUUUGAAGCAGGCAGUUAUCCAGCACUGCUUAUUAUUUUCAAUACCUUGUAUCGUCGAAGCGAACAAUCGGCUUGUUUUGGUUUCUUGUACUUGAGUAAUGGAUUAGCAAGUAUUGUUGGCUCUGCUGCAGCCGUUGGUAUUGCUAGCAUGGGCAACCGUUAUGGCAUCAGUGCCUGGCAAUGGGGUUACAUCAUUUGGGGAACUAUCACAGUGGCAGUGGGUAUCACUUGUUUCUUUGCUUUGAUCGACAGCCCAAACUCAUGGGUUUUACAACUCACAGAAGAAGAAAAAGAAAUUGUCGAAUUGCGUACUCGAGAUAAUGCCGUGGUCCGUAAACAAACAGUGAAAGUUGCACAAUACUGGGAGGCACUAAGAGAGCCACGUCUAUGGUUACUCUGCAUUGCUUCUCUUGCGCAUAAUUUACAGAAUGGCGGUUUAGUAACCUAUAGUACUGUUCUAGUGAGUGGACUUGGUUUCAAUUCAACUCAAUCAAUUCUUUUACAAAUCCCAAGUGGUGCUUUUACUGUACUUUAUUGUGGAUUUGCAGUCUAUCUGAACCGAAGAACUAAACAAAUUGUUUAUACGGCGGUUGUAUGUUAUUCUAUCUCUGCUCUUGGUUGUUUACUUUUGGCCGUGCUUCCUAAUACAGGCAUUAAGCUGUUAGGCUAUUAUCUCUCUUGGGCGCAAACAGGUAGCUAUGUGAUGUUGAUUACAGUUAUUGGGUCCACUGUCUCUGGUUAUUCGAAAAAGAUUUUUUAUAAUGGUGCCAAUAUGCUUGCUUAUACAGUUGGUAACUUUUGUGGUCCAUUGAUGCUUGUGGAAAGUACAAAGCCAGCCUAUGUACCAACCAUGUGGGGUUUCUUUGCUUGUAAUCUACUUAAUAUUUGCUGUUUCUUGACUGUGCGAUUUAUACUUGCCCGUAUCAAUAAGAAGCGUUUGCCUGAGCGAUCAAGUGAACCCACAGAUGUCUACCUUAAUUUGACGGACAAAGAAGACCGCAACUAUAACUAUCAACUAUAAACGUAACAUAGUUUCUUGAUGUAAAUACAUGUUCUGAAAGAAACUAUUAAUGCUUACACUUGACAUGCAUUUAAGAUCCGCUUCAUCUCUCCUUUUUUUUUUUCUUUCUCUUUAUUUUCUUAAAGAUGAACUUGAGUGGAGAGAUGCUCUAUGUAUUCUUUCACCAAGUCAUGUUU